CGGUGCUCCGCGCAUGCGCACUCUCACACACCUGAGGCACUUUGGGGGUCUCUGACAGUGGGCUCAGCGCAUGCGCAUUGCGGCUCGCCCCAAAGUUUCUCAGCUUCGGGCUAGUCCGGGUGCGCGCGGCCGAGGCCGCCUGUGAGUUGAGGGGCGCCAUGCGCUGGGGGCUGCGCGCUCGCCGGCCGGGGGCGGCGGCUCUGGCCGCGGCUCGCAGCCGCUGGGCUCCCCGCUGCUCCCCGUGUCGCCCGGGACCGCUGGGCGCCGCCGCGAGACACGGGGUGACCAGUGUCACGCCCGGGCGGAGGAGGCGGGGCCGCCCGGGUCCUGCGGAUUUGGGGGCGCGAGGUCAGAAAUGUGGGUUCUCAGAACUUUAUUCAUGGCAAAGAGAAAGAAAAGGAAAGACAGAGUUUUGUCUGCAUGAUGGACCUCCCUAUGCAAAUGGUGACCCUCACAUUGGACACGCUUUAAAUAAGAUUUUGAAAGACAUAGCCAAUCGAUACCACAUGAUGCGUGGCUCCAGAAUCCACUUUGUGCCUGGCUGGGAUUGUCACGGGCUGCCCAUUGAGGUGAAAGUAUUAUCCAAGCUUGGUGGAAAAGCUCAGGACCUGUCACCUAUGGAAAUUAGAGAGAAAGCCAGGUCAUUUGCUAAAGCAGCCAUUGAGAAGCAGAAAUCAGCAUUCAUUCGUUGGGGAGUAAUGGCAGAUUGGAAUAAUUGCUACUGUACAUUUGAUGGAAAGUACGAGGCCAAACAGUUAAGAAUUUUUUACCAGAUGUAUGAUAAGGGUUUGGUUUACCGGUCUUACAAACCUGUGUUUUGGUCUCCCUCGUCAAGGACUGCCUUGGCUGAGGCAGAACUUGAGUAUAACCCAGAACACGUCAGUCGUUCCGUGUACCUGAAGUUCCCCCUCCAGACGCCUCCCCCGAAGCUGGCGGCUCUCCUUGAUGGCUCCUCCCCCGUGGGUGUGCUGGUGUGGACCACGCAGCCAUGGACAGUCCCUGCCAACCAGGCCCUGUGCUACUCGCCACAGUCAAAGUAUGCCCUGGUGAAAUGCUCCACUUCCGGGGACCAGUAUGUAGUGGCUGCGGAGAAGGUAGCGCCGCUUGCUGCUGCUUUGGACACGACGUUUGAAGUUACAUCAACAUUUUCAGGUGCAGAUUUAGAAGGUGGUUCCUGUACUCAUCCUUUGAUUCCAGAUAAAGUGUCACCUCUCUUACCUGCAACUCAUGUGACCAUGGCAAAGGGCACUGGACUGGUCCACACGGCCCCAGCGCACGGCAUGGAGGACUACGGGGUGGCCUCUCAGCACAGCCUGCCCGUGGACUGUGUGGUGGAUGAAGCAGGAGUGUUCACAGCUGCCGCAGGCCCUGAGCUGCAGAGCAAGGCUGUCCUGGAAGAGGGCACCGAGGCGGUUAUAAAGAUGCUUCAGAGUGUGAAGAGUCUGCUGAAAGAAGAAAAACUGAUCCACAGCUAUCCCUAUGACUGGAGGACGAAGAAGCCAGUUAUCAUCCGAGCCAGCAAGCAGUGGUUUGUGAAGAUCGCGGACAUCAAGCCCACAGCCAAGGAGGUGCUGAAGGCCGUGAAGUUUAUUCCCGGGGCAGCUCUGAACGCCAUGGUCGAUGCGCUGGAGCGGCGGCCAUACUGGUGCAUCUCGAGGCAGAGGGUGUGGGGCGUUCCCAUCCCCGUGUUCCACCACAGGACCAGAGACGAGGAGUGUUUGAUCAGCAGCCAGACCGUGGAGCACAUUGCCAGGCUGGUGGAGCAGCACGGCAGUGACGUCUGGUGGACGCUGCCCCCCGAGCAGCUGCUCCCGCAGGAAGUGCUGUCCCAGGUCAGCGGUCCCGAGGGUUUGGAGUACCUGCCUGGCCAGGACAUCCUGGACAUCUGGUUUGACAGCGGUACCUCAUGGUCUUGUGUUCUUCCAGGCCCCGACUGCAGAGCAGACCUGUACCUGGAGGGCAAGGACCAGCUGGGCGGCUGGUUCCAGUCGUCCUUACUGACAAGCGUCGCGGCCAGGAAGAAGGCCCCGUUCAAGACGGUGCUGGUCCAUGGCUUCACCCUUGGAGAAAAGGGGGAGAAGAUGUCCAAGUCCCUUGGCAAUGUCAUUGAUCCCGAUGUCGUCAUCAAUGGGGGACAAGAUCAGAACACAGAGCCUCCCUACGGGGCAGACGUCCUUCGCUGGUGGGUGGCGGAGUCCAACGUCUUCACAGAAGUGACCCUCGGGCCGUCUGCUCUGGGCGCGGCCAGGGAGGACAUCGACAAGCUCAGGAAUACACUCCGCUUUCUCUUGGGAAAUGUGGCCGGCUUCAACCCUGAGACAGACUCCGUGCCCGUGGACAGCAUGUAUGUCAUCGACCAGUACAUGCUGCACCUGCUGCAGGGCUUGGCUGGCAAGGUUACUGAUGCCUACAAGCAGUAUGAUUUUGGGAAAGUCGUCCGAUUACUGCAGGCGUUCUACACCAGGGAGCUCUCCCACUUUUAUUUCAGCAUCAUCAAGGAUCGGCUUUACUGUGAGAAGGAGGACGACCCCAAGCGCCGCUCCUGCCAGACGACCCUGGCACAGAUUCUGGAUGUGCUGGUGCGCGCUUUUGCGCCCAUCCUCCCGCAUCUGGCCGAGGAGGUCUUCCAGCAUCUGCCCUACGGCACAGAGCCCAAGAGUGUUUUCCGCACGGGCUGGAUCAGCACCAGCUCCAUCUGGAAGAAGCCUGGGCUCGAGGAGGCGGUGGAGAGCGCAUGCGCCAUGCGGGACUCAUUCCUUGGCAGCAUCCCGGGCAGAAACGCCACCGAGUACGAAGUCACCAUCGUGAUCGAGCCCGGCCUGCUCUUCGAGAUCAUAGAGAUGCUGCAGGCCGAGGAGACGUCCAGCUGCUCGCAGCUGAGCGAGCUUAUGAUGGCCUCGCAGUGCACACUGCUGGCCCAGGAGCCCCAGCAGAGGCCCCCAGAUGUGACCGAGCUCAGCGGGACCUUCCUCAUCAACUUGGAAGGUGGCGAUAUCCGAGAGGAGUCUGCCUACAAAGUGCUCGUCACACCAUCAACCAAGGAGAAGUGCCCGCGCUGCUGGAAAUACACUGCCGAGGCUGCAGAUGCGCUGUGUCCCCGCUGUGCGGAGGUCGUGGGUGGGGAAUAGCCCACUGGUGUCCCCUGCUUCUGGCAUUCUGGGCAGGUACCUCCUGACAACUCCUGAUGGGGGUUUGGAGGAUUACUACCAUGUCACAGAGAAAGCCAGGAUUAGGUAAGGAUUGGAAGAGAAGGUGAAGGAGAGACAGAAUCAGAGUCCCAGCCAGGUGAGGAGGUGCACAUCUGUUACUGCAGUAACACCUGUUACGGCAGCUUGCAGGAGGCGGUCGGGGGGCAGCAAGGGCCAUGCCAGCCUUGGCUACACAGUGAGGCCUGGUCUCUAGGAAAACCAAAACACCCCAGAACUGUAAAAGCAUUUUCUGUAACUAAAGUGUACAUAUGCGUGGAAGUACGUGCAGUAUUUAGGUGGAGGUGUCCAUCUGUGUCCCCAGAGCGGACUCAACAGAGGCACUGAUGUGCUGAGCAGAGGCUAAACGUUUCAUAGAAGCAGCUUUUUGACUCUGUAUUUUAAGUUCUGCGGUGGCAAAGAAUAAAGCUAUCAGAGGUGACUGGC